AUGUGGAAUCUAUUCCGCAAUCCGCAAAUGUUUAAUAUGAAUGGAGGUAGUGCUGCGACUGCGAGACCGAACUUUGGCUUGAGGAGCAGUCCAGAGGAAAGUGAGAAGGCGUGGGCGCUGUUGGAAAUCGACUGGCGGACACUCAAUCAUGCUCAGCUGGCCAACUACAUGCCCCAGUACCAGCAGCUGCUCACACGCAUGGUUGACGAGACAGGUCUGAUGCAGAAGAGUCUCAAACAACGCUCGGGUGCCCCGCCCGAGCCUGAGAAGAACUGUGUGGUGUGCCGUGAAGCACCGCCAGAGCUAUGCUUUGCGCCAUGUGGACACUCGACCAUGUGUUUGGACUGUCAUAUAAUCUGGCAAUCACUGGAUAACCGUACGUGCCCGCUGUGCAAAACAGCCGUCACUGAUACGUUCUACCGGCGCAUGUACGAGCGCAAAUUGUUGUCAUGCGACGAAUACACUCAGCGAGGGCUUGCACAUACAGUUUCGGAGGUCUCCAAACUGCUGCUAUACAUCGACAAGCAUCCGGAGACUAUUGAGAAGCUGGCGCAUGGCAAGAAAGCUGUGUCAGAUAUCAUGAAGGAGAGCGAGAAGGGUAGGUAAACCCUAAUGCAGCAAAACCCUAAACCCUAGAACUGUCGAGGAGACAAGGCACGGGCAUAAGGGUGUGUUAGGUGUCACGGACGAUAGCCAAGAGGGUGGGUAGGACAACACGUUGGGAGUAGGAGAAGAAGGCUAUAGCAGACAUCACACCACAAUGUGAGAAAGGUAGGUAGCCUUAAUUUCUAUACGUCAGCAUGAAGUCUGACACUAUCGAGAAGUUGCAGUGACACUCGAGUGUGGGAAGAAGGCUGGCCCAAAUUACCAUAUGUCAGCAAGUAUAUGGACACUACCGAGAAGUUUGUGAUACUAUGGAGUGUGAGAAGAAGGCUGACCCAAUUACCAUAUGUUAGCAAGUAUUUGGACACUAUCGAGAAGUUGCAGUGACAAUAUCGAGUGCGGGAAGGAGGCUGGCCCAAAUUACCAUAUGUCAGCAAGUAUUCGGACACUAUCGAGAAGUUCAAGUGACACUAUCGAGUGUGGGAAGAAGGCUGUGUUAGAGUUAGAAGGGUAGGUGGCCCAAAAUCAUAUAUGUCAGCAAGUAUUCGGACACUAUCAGGCAGCCAAAACUCACUGCUGACCGUCAAUACGAACUGUGACAUUUGCUGUAUAGAAAGUAUGGGAAGAAGGCUCGACUGGCGACAAUGGAGGAGUGUGAGAUGGCUAGAUAGCUCAGCUUGGAGGCAUUUGCAGUACGCCUAGUAUGUGCGUGCACGGUGUCAAUAAGCGUCCAGAGAAUGACAAUAAGUUGUGAGCUGUGGGGCGUUUGUCAUGAAGCCUAGUAGACGUGACGAAGCUCAACAAGUGCGCACGUGGUCACUGAUAACCUGCUGCCUAGGUGGGGAUCUGGUUCCGAACUUUCGUCAGUAGGGCUGUACUUGUGAUAUUGCCAGCGCAGAGCCCGUUGUAGGUCACUUUGUACGAGAUGAGUGGAGUGGCUUACAGUUGAGUACAAGGUGUGUUAGUGGCGUGCAGGAACAUGCAGUCCUAUUAGGACCAGUACACUCUGUGCCUGUGUGUCGAUUGAACCAUCACUCGCUAUCAAUGGAACCAACUAGUGCACAAUCACAGAAAGGGUAGUUGCCCUAUAUCAGCCGUGAUAUGUUGAUCAUAUCUCGGAAUAAGACCACGUGACCAGAGGCACUCUACCACGACAGUCACAAACAGACAAGUGUGACAUAUACGACAACUGCAGCACAUGUGUGGUCGGACUCGGCGACUCUAUCUCGCUUGUGUUUAGGCUUCUGAGAGCACGGUCUUCAGUUUUAACUCUAUGGAGCUUAUGACUAGACUCCCGAGACCUUUCCAUUGUCGCUGGAUACAAUCUUGACGAUUCUAAGGGCAAAUGAGGGUGUUAUCUGAUAUUAGGUUUUCUUACACUUGAAAAUCUGUCUGUCAAAAUCUGUCUGCAGUUUCUGUAGUUAGGCUUUAGGCUAUGUACAGGCUGUAAGCGUAUAUGGCGAUUGAGACACGGCACUGCCGAAUUACAUAUGUAGGGCAGCUACCAAACAUCGUAUGCUGUUGGCUGUUGCCGCUGUAAACGAGGCAUGCAUCUCUGCCCGAAUUGUGAGCGCCUGGUGGAGUGAGAAAAGAGUGCUGCCAACUACACGCAUCAGCCGGCUAUCGAUUGCUACAUAGGGGCUUUUGUGUAAAAUAGUAAUCCAGACAUCCUGCGAAGGUCUCAACAAUGUUUAGGGUUUAUUGCUACCGGUGGUCAGAGAUAUCAAUAGCAAGGAAUUAAAACAGUACCAAC